UGCGCCCCUUCACGUGUGUGCGUGAAAAAAUCCAAACCGGCACGCCUAUGGCAUGUACCCCCAAUAAACACACCCAUAUGACGCGGGGCAAAUGCAGCUGCACCGAGGCCCCCCCAACUUUCCGUUACACUGUCCUGGCCACCAGUCAGACCCGACCUAGACUUUGGUGUUUGGAACGGCCGUUGAUUUGGACGGUUUUUCGGAUAAUUUCGCGUUGUGUUUACUUCGGGGCGCUGAUAAGAAAACGCGAAGGGUUUACUGAAAGAGCUCAUUGUUGUGAUGGUGUGGCUGGAUGUGGACUUAGACAAGGACACGGUGGAACUGCUGGCUAGCUGAGCUUAGAACCGCUAUGGAGGCCAAGCCGCACUACUACUCAAACCCGGCGUUUUGCCAGCAAAGUGAAUUCUUCACUCAAAGGGCGUUGAGUCCGCAAAGGAGCCUCCGGCAGUCGCCCGUUGGGGCCCAAACCAGCCAUGCACAUUUGGACGAACCGCCGGAUCGGAUCGAAGAGCAGGAGUUCUACGAGGAAGUGAUCGUGGAUGAUCAGGGCUUCAUCAAGGGCAAGAAAGUGGUGGUGGUGGCGCAGAACAAUGAGGGCCAAAAGUACAUUCAAGCGCCGCAGAGUGACCGCCACAACGUCCGGUAUGGAAGCAUGCAGCAUAUCCAGCAUUGCGCCCCAAAGAGCGUCCCCUUGCGACAGCCGCGCUACGAGUACAUUCCCAUGCAGGAGCAGGACGCCAGGCCGAAGGCCUCAUCCAAGCAGUUGUUCCAGGAGCGUGUGGAAAUUGCCCCCGGGGUGAUCCACAGGGCGGGGUUCACGUGCGCUGUGAUGGGCAUGUUGGGAUGCAGGUCGAGAGACGUCUACUGGCUGCCCAAUCGGAACUACCUUUCAGGCUACUUGGUGCUGACUGUCUUCAGCUUGCUGACCUGCGCCGGGCUGUUGCUGUUGCUCGUCUACGACCCGCGGCCAGGCACCGCGUUAGCUGACAUGACCUCAGCUGCGGUCUGUGGCUUUUCAGUGCUCACGCUGCUCCUAGCGCUGACUGGCGUGGUUUCUAGCUACUGUUGCAAGUACCCGCCACCCGAUAACCGAGUGGAUCACUGCUCGCCCGGCUUGACUGUGUAGCUGAGGCGGUUUCUCCCUGAUUUGCGACCAACCAAAGAUGCCCGAUAGUCAACAGCUGUGUUAACCCGUUAGUUUAGGAAGAUGUAAUGUUAUGGCUACGCUGUUAUAGCUCUUUAUAGUACCUACUUAGAUUCCAAGCUAAUGUAUUUUAGGCGCCUAUUUAUGAUGAUGUUAAUGAAACAUUUCCUAGAUUUAUAUCGUUUGUACUUCAAAUGCACCAUUAAACUGUACCUAGAUG